AUGUCGCGCGUACCACCUGAGGACUUCGACUAUCUAGACCACAUUGGCUGCUUCCAGCUACCUCAGCGAAAUUGCCUGGACGAGCUCGUUCGAGCGUAUUUUCUCUACCUCCAUCCACAUUUACCGUUGGUCGAUGAAGGCAAGUUCUGGGAGACAUACCUCAACCGUCAAUCUGUUGUUCACCUCACUUCUCGCGUGUCCCUAUUGGUUUUUGAAGCAAUGCUGCUGGUAGCAUGCAGCUUCGUAUCCUCCUCUACGAUUCAAGAUAUAGGCUUCCAAAGUGUGCGCGAGGUGCGCUCGGUGUAUUAUCGUCGCGUCAAGGCCUUGUAUGAUUUUGACAUCGAGAGAAGCGACCUGGCAAAGGCCCAAGGGGCAUUAUUAAUGACCUUCCAUGUGCCACUCAACAAGCCACAGAUAAAUACCUACUGGCUCGGCAUAGCCAUUCAGCUCGCCAGAGUGGAAGGCGCGGACCGAUACUCUACAUAUGAAGCUAGAGACUCCGCUAAACACAAUCAACUUAAACGAGUCUGGUGGUGUUGUAUAAUCCGCGACAGAACUAUGGCGUUAGGACUUCGCAGGCCGAUAUCUAUUUCUUCAGCAUCCUUCGAAGAAGCAUGGCCGCCGCUGACGGACGAUGAUUUUAAGAGCGAAAUCGGGCGAUCAUGGGUGGGCAGCGUUCCGGCGAAGAUGAAAUUGCUACAUUCAUUGUCAGCGCUGUGCAAGCUUUGUGCUGUGCUCACCGACAUUCUUCAAUUACUAUAUCCGACCAAUGGAGUUCAAGCCAUUGGAGAUCGUCUUGACUUUCUGAAGCGCAUUUACACGUGCACUGACGAGUUGCAUGAGUGGCAUGACGGAGUGGUGAGCAACAGCGGACUACAUGAUCAACACGACAAAAGCUUUAAUGUUGUCGUCCUCUUCACGAGUCUUCUCACCAUCUACUUCCAAUCCGCAAAAGCUGCACUGUGCAACUAUCGAAUCAGACUUACAUUGAACAAGCCUACGCAAUACAACUUUGAACGGCUGCAAACAAAGAACGAACUUCAGGCUUCCCUUCGCGGCAUUGCACAGUGCCUACGAGCGAUCAUCGAUGCUGGGAUGAUAACCUACUCUCCCGUUAGCAUGGUGGCUUUCCUCGCGCUGCCGUCAAUCUGCUACAACCUGGAUCUGAGCAGCCGUGCAAGCACGCAGAAAACCACCCACGGCCAUGGUGCCAAUAUAUACCAAGAUUUUCUGCGAGUGCUCCAAUUAAGAUAUGAAGGUACUGAUAGGGCCCUUAACAACAUGUCAAAAUUAGUGGGUCAUAUGAACCUAGAAGAUGCAACUUCGCCGUCAACUGCAAGAUCUAGAUCCGAACACACCCCAACAGGAUUGAAGGGGUUGAGCCGCCCCUCCGAGACAUCGGGUCCUGCCAAGAGCGCGAGCGGAUUGGAUAUCGUGACCUCUGACCCGCAAAAGUACAUUCAGAUGAGCGACACGCUGGAUUUCUUUCUGUCCCGUGGUCGGUUCCCUACGAAAUACGAUAAUCCACCAGAUCUUCUCUCAUCAUCGGACGAAGCUGAUGGGUCACCUAGCCCAAGUUUAAUGAACGACUUGAUAGCCGGUAGAGAGAGAGACACUGUGAGAAAGACCCACAAUCAGGCUGGCCCUGCGGAAUUGUCCAGUCGGCCUGGCAUUGGAGACCCCGCCUGGGCAGCCUCAUCCAUAGAAUCGAAUGACUUGAUGGCAUCAAGCGAGUUGGUGACAGGCAGUGCAGAGCUUUCCGCCAUGCUUACGGAUGAUCCCUUUGGCCAAGCUGUCACCAAUCCGGACGGAUUCUCUUUCGAAGACUUCAUGACCGACGGACCAAAUUCGGGAAUCGAGCGAUUGCAGAACAUGCUUUAUACAUAUCCUGAUUGGCCGUGA